GCGCGCUCCGCGGCGUUCGCGAACCGGGGGAGGGGAGCGGCAGCAUCGAGGGCUGAGGGACCUCGCGCGCGCGCGCGGCCAGGGGGGCGGCCUCUGAGCGCGGCGGGCAGAGCAGCCCCGAGCGAACCGAGAGGCUGUAUGGUAGGAUCCCACCUCUGAUGCUCUUCUAGCAGGUCGGCUCAGCAUGUCGGUCAGCGUCCACGAGACCCGCAAGUCGCGGGGCAGCACGGGCUCCAUGAACAUCACGCUGUUCCACAAGGCCUCGCACCCCGACUGCGUGCUGGCGCACCUCAACACGCUGCGCAAGCACCGCAUGUUCACCGACGUGACGCUCUGGGCCGGCGACCGCGCCUUCCCCUGCCACCGCGCCGUGCUGGCCGCCUCCAGCCGCUACUUCGAGGCCAUGUUCAGCCACGGCCUGCGGGAGAGCCACGACGACACGGUCAACUUCCAGGACAACCUGCACCCCGAGGUGCUGGAGCUGCUGCUGGACUUCGCCUACUCGUCGCGCAUCGUCAUCAACGAGGAGAACGCCGAGUCGCUGCUGGAGGCGGGCGACAUGCUGCAGUUCCACGACGUGCGGGACGCUGCUGCUGAGUUCCUGGAGAAGAACCUGUUCCCAUCCAACUGCCUGGGCAUGAUGCUGCUGUCGGACGCCCACCAGUGUCGCCGGCUCUACGAGUUCUCCUGGCGCAUGUGCCUGGUGCACUUCGAGGCCGUGCGCCAGAGUGACGACUUCAACAGCCUCUCCAAGGACACUCUGAUGGACCUCGUCUCCAGCGACGAGCUGGAGGCGGAGGACGAGCGCGUGGUCUUCGAGGCCGUGCUGCAGUGGGUCCGGCACGACCUGGAGCAGCGCAAGGCCCACCUGCCCGAGCUCCUCCGCGGCGUGCGGCUGGCCCUGCUUCCCUCCGACUGCCUGAAGGAGGCCGUGUCCGGAGACGCCCUGCUCAUGGCGGAUGAGCGCACGCGGCUGCUGGUGGACGAGGCGCUGCGCUGCAAGGCCCGGAUCCUGCAGAACGACGGCGUAGUCACCAGCCCUUGCGCCCGGCCGCGCCGGGCCGGCCACACACUGCUCAUCCUCGGGGGCCAGACCUUUAUGUGUGACAAGAUCUACCAGGUGGACCACAAGGCCAAGGAGAUCAUCCCCAAGGCGGACCUGCCCAGCCCCCGCAAGGAGUUCAGCGCCUCGGCCAUCGGCUGCAAGGUCUACGUCACGGGGGGCCGGGGCUCCGAGAACGGGGUCUCCAAGGACGUGUGGGUGUACAACACAGUCCACGAGGAGUGGUCCAAGGCGGCGCCCAUGCUGAUCGCCCGCUUCGGCCACGGCUCCGCCGAGCUGGAGAAUUGCCUCUACGUGGUCGGGGGCCACACGUCGCUGGCCGGCGUCUUCCCGGCCUCGCCGUCGGUCUCGCUGAAGCAGGUGGAGAAGUACGACCCCGGGGCGAACAAGUGGACCAUGGUGGCCCCGCUGAGGGACGGCGUAAGCAACGCCGCGGUGGUGAGCGCCAAGCUGAAGCUCUUCGUGUUCGGCGGCACGAGCAUCCACCGGGACAUGGUGUCCAAGGUCCAGUGCUAUGACCCGUCGGAGAACCGGUGGAGCAUCAAGGCCGAGUGUCCGCAGCCCUGGCGCUACACCGCGGCCGCCGUGCUGGGCAGCCAGAUCUUCAUCAUGGGCGGCGACACGGAGUUCACGGCCGCCUCCGCCUAUCGCUUCGACUGCGAGAGCAACCAGUGGACGCGGAUCGGGGACAUGACCGCCAAGCGCAUGUCCUGCCACGCGCUGGCGUCGGGCAACAAGCUCUACGUGGUGGGGGGCUACUUCGGCACCCAGCGGUGUAAGACCCUGGACUGCUACGACCCCACCUCGGACACGUGGAACUGCGUCACCACCGUGCCCUACUCACUCAUCCCCACGGCCUUCGUCAGCACCUGGAAGCACCUGCCCGCCUGAGGCGGCUGCGGAGCCAGCCAGAUGCUGUGUGUUUCUCCCCGCCCCACGGCCGCGGCCCUCGCUCUUGCAUGUGGCCCUGACCUUGUCUGUGGGUCGCUCCGCCUGGCCCAGUGCUCUGAGUGGCCAGAAGCCGGCCCACCAGCCCUGGGAGCGACGGCCUCGGGGGCUGCUCCGAGCUUCAGGGAAGAAGAGCCGUCUCCCGCGUGCUAUGGGUCUGGCUGAGGCCUUGCCUGCUUUGUGGUGGUUUGCCGGGGGAGAAGACCUUCCAGGGGGCUGUGGACGGACAGCAAGAGUCCCUCGGCCUGGAGGAGAAAGACAAGUCUGCAGAGCCUUGAGGGCAUCCUGGACUGGGGCGGGGGGCUGGGGGGGCUGGGCGGGUGUGGGAUAGCACAGUCUUGGGCUCCGGGCUUCCCUGGUGGUGUUGUAAAGUCUCCCCACACAGGACACCCCCAGCCCCUGGGAACUGGGUGCACGGGGGCUGAGGCUGGAUUGUGCUGUGGAGAAAGUCUUAAGGGAGAGAACCGUUCAGUGACAGCCACUAGGCCUUCUCAGCAAAUGACCUCCAGGCCACCAGCGUUAAAUAGGCUCCCGAGAGGCGGGCCUCACCCCCAGCGACCCACCAUCUCCCGGGUGCAGGCACAGGUGUGCAGGGACCCUGGGUGGCACGUGCCCAUGGGGCUGCCCAUCACCUCCCCCAGAGCCCAGACCAGGAGCAGAUGUGAGCUGGGGCCCACUGGGGGACUCCAGGGUGCCCACAACAGACCCCACCACGGGCUGGACUCAGCUUGGAGAGGAUGACAAAGCCCUGUGACGCUGGCCUCUCAACCUUCCAACUGGUGAUGGGGUCUGGCUCACGUGUCCCCUAAGCUCAAAACGUGACAGUGGUUGCAAGAGAACUGCCAAGCAUUUGUUCAUCCUCCCACCUUCCAAGUAUCGGGCACCUCACAGGUCCAGCCACAGCCGCGGGCUUCUGGAAAGGUCGGCUCCUACCGGUGCCCCCCUCACCUAGCGUUUGAGGGUCUGGGCUUGUCCCUUGCCUGCCCUGGUGCACCCAAGUAGGCUGUACUACUCGUGGGGCCGGUUGCUUCCGAGUUGGCCCUGCCCCCUUACAGGACCUCUGUGCUGGCUCCGGGCCUGUGGGUGUCCCCGGGGCCCCAAGGGCAUCUUUAGGGCAGGGUUGGCCCACAGAUGUGCACCAGCCAUAGGCCAUCCGCUUCCCCUGGGGAAAAAGCAGAAGGCACGUCUCCAGGUUCCUGGGGCCCCACAGCCCCCGCCUGUGUCCGAGGCUACACCUUGCUCUCAGUGCUUCCUCUCAGACACCCAGAAACCAGGGGCCUGGUCCCCGGAGAUGGCUCAGCCCGAGACGCCGGGGAAGCGGCAGCCCCGGUCCAGCGCCCGCACCGCCUGGAGGGCCCCCUGGCCUGUUGGAUUGCUGCGCUCGUCACAGGUCUGGCAGCACAAAGGACCUCACAGUGGUGCUUUCUCCACAAGUUGUGUUGUUUUUACC